UUCGUGAGAGCGGGAAAACCAACAGCGACACGCGCGUGGAUGCAACAUGGCGACCCCCGAGAAGAAGAAGCAAGCUAGCAUUGCGUCGUUUUUCUCUCCAGUUAGCAGGAGCGUGACGGCGUCGGCUGCAUCGAAGGGUGUACCCACGUCGGUCGUGGAGGAGCCGCAGCCUUCUCCCUUGACGAGUAAACCAGACAAAGCAGCUUCGCCAACAACACAGAGAAAGACACCGCCAAACAGUGCAUUGAAACGGAAGAUCAAGUCAUCGGACCCUGCACAGAAUUCUGAAGAUGUACAGGCAGCCAGUCCCACUCCGUCGUCGCCAGUUCAGCCAGUGAAGCCGCCACCUUCUGUCGUAGAGCAGCAGCCUUCUCCUUUGACGAUCACGCCAGGAAAAUCAGCUGCGCCCGCCGUGCAGGCAAAGUCGCCGCCAACCAGUGCAUCGAACCGGAAUAUCAAGCCAUCGGACUCUCCACCGAGUUCUGAACUUCCAAAGCCAACUGAGCAGACGUCCCCAACGUCACCAUUACAGCCAGUGAAGCUGAACCUAGAAGGAGAAGCCAAGAGUCCAACUGUUUCAUCGCCAAAGGCCAAGAAGCGCAAGACAAAGUCUCCUGCAGUCAGCGCACCUCCCCCGGCAUCAGCAUUCGCCACAUCAAGUGCCCCUGAAAGCGACCUCACUGACGUGGCGUCCGAACCAAGAGAAGAAGCACAGCCAACAACCACAUCUGAAGUCGUCGUCAUUGAUGAUGAAGAUAGCAGCGACUCGACAAAGGGUACAACGGCCGCUAAAAAUACCCAAGAAGAUACUUCCAAGGCGAGGCCUAAGCGGCUGGCUGCCACUGCUGGGCGGAAGCAAGAGGACGUCGCCGUGGACGUGAAGCAGCCUGCGCGAAAGAGGGCCAAAGCAGCCGCCCCAUCCCCUCCAGACGGUCCACCUCCAGUGACCAAACCAGCAUUGAGUGCCGCCCAACAACACAAGCACGACGUGUACCUGCAAAAGCUCACGGACCUCGAGGAACUGUACGUUUCGCUGGCUCUCGGCACCAACCGCGACGAAGUUUUGCAGGAAAUCUAUGGUGCCCACACGGACGUUGGAUUGAACUUGUCGACGGCGGAGCACUUGGAACCUUGUCGCACGGAGGUCGUGACGGAAUGCAGCCAUGCGUCCAAGGCGUGGUCGACGGUGCCGCCGCUGGCCAAGUCGUUCAUUGCGCGGCGCGUCCAAGGCAGCAUGGAGAGUUUGAGUGCGUUGGCGGGGACUAUCCAUGCCGAGUGGCUCGGGUGGCUGAAGGUGCCGGCAACUGAGUGCUUCAACGUGUCCAUGCUGGAAAUGGAGAUCAAGUCCAUGGCCGAACGCGUGUCGUACGGAGCCAAGCCGAAGAAGGCGCACAUGUUUCAGGACACCACGCCCCGGGCCAUGUGGGUGUGGGAGGUGGGCGCGGUCGAGUCGUAUUUCGACGACGAUGCGGUCAAGGUCAUCCGCCGCGUGCGCAAACAACGCAAGCGGACGGGCCAGACGAUCAAAACGCUGGAUAAAAUCGUGGCGAUGGCCCAGGAACCAGCGACCGACGACUCGAAGCUCAGCCUCGAAGAAAGCAAAGCGAGCAGGUUUUACGUGGCCGUGGAGCUAGAGUUGCAAAAGGCCCAGAAGCGACUCGACCUUGAAAAGCAAAAAGUGGCCGAGAAACGCUUGAAAGCGCAACAACAAUUUGACAAGGACGAAGCGAAACGAGUGGACCUCGAGCACAAACGCAAAGAAAAGGACGAGGCCAAGAAGAAGCUCGAGGCGCUGGCCAAAGAAAAGGAAGACUUGGAACUCCAACGACGGCGGCAAACGUGGGGAUCGUUUCUGAAAAAGGACGCUGACGCCAACACAACCGACGAGUUAUCCAGGGACAAGGCCGCGCAGGCGCACGCCCAAAUGGAUGCCAUCGACCAGCAGUUGGGUUUGGGCGGCGCCCACGCGUCCGACUCAAAGCACCCGCCCGCGCUCCCGCCGUCAUCGUCGAGCUCUGGCGCACGAGUGGUCACUUUUGGGAGCUGGUCCAGCCAACGCCAUCGACACCCAACGUUAGGCGUCAAGAAGUUGCUGCAAUUCCACGACAACUACCGCCCUGCGUAUUGGGGCACCUAUUCGAAGAAGGCGCGCACGUUGCGCCGGGGUCGCCGGCCGUUUGCGACGGUCCCAUCGCUCGACUAUACCGUCGAAAGCGAUUUGGAGUGGGAAGAAGACGAUGAAAUGGGCGAAAGUUUGAGCGGCCGAGACAGCGACGACGACAACGGCGACGAAGAGGACCGGCUAGACUAUGGCGACAAGUGGCUCGCGUACGAGGACGAAGUGGAUUACAUCGACGAGCGGCCCGCAGACGACGACGACUUGACGGUGUCGACGCACAAAAAGGUUGCCGAGCACCACCACCGAUCGUCCAAGCUGGUGAAACAAGUGCCUCGGAUCAUAACCGACGCGGCGGACGAACUGGAUGCGUACGCUAUCGUGGUGCUGGUGGAACGGCCCAACUUGGUGUCGCCGCUGCUCAAGGUGAACCUUCCGGCGGUUGAAGACGCGGCGGUGAUUGCCCCUGUCGUAGCAACACCAGCAGCACCAUCCCCUGGGGUUUUGCCUGUGGAAGAAGGGAUCGUGCCGCCAAAACAACCGAGUGGCAUUACAACGUUUUUCAAGCCAAAGCCAGUCACGUGAGGCUAGAGUAGUGUAUGCGGCUUGUUCGUGUUCUUAUUAUAUAUAUACAUAACAAGGAGGAUGGCGGCCAUCUACACCGACUUGUGCUUGUCGUGGUGACUGCUCAAUCGCUCCAAGUCCUCGAACGCCGUGAUGCGGUGUCCGAGGCGCUUGGCCCGCCGCAUAAACAUGAGCUCGCUGGUCGUGGGUUUCUCGGCCGAUUGCUUGGCUAGUCGCAUGAAGUCCUCGAGAUGCGACGGCAGAUGCUGCGAAGUCAGUUGUUCCGCCUUGAGCCUUGCCGCGUCCAUAAAAGUCUUGGGGGCGGUCGCUUCUAACUGCUCGGUGGUCAGGGGCUUUGCCGCCCGGCGGAGGAUGUCCUCUUCCAUGUCUGUGAGGCGGCUUAGUUCAGACACAUCGUUGAGCAAUUGGUAGUCGCGCAGCCGCUCGCGCCGCGCCCGCUCUUCGCGGAUAUUCCGAUAACGCAAUCGGAUUCCCAGCACCGCACACGCCAAGCAUGCAAUGCAAAACCACCCGACGUUCAAGUAGUAGAUGGGUCCGCUGGACGGCGACUCCAGCAGCACAUUCACAAACGCACACAGCGACGUCCACACAGACAUGACGUAAAUCACAGACUUGGCCGUGCCAAUGUACCUGCUCAAUUAUCCCGUGGGAGGUGAGGAAG